AUGCCCUCGUCGUCGGGACCUGCCGCCGCUGCGCCUGCGCCCAAGCGCCCGCGCAAGUCGGCCGCCGCCGCGACGCCCCAGGCCUCGUCCUCGGCCGCGCCGCCACGCCGCCGCCGCGCGCCGCUCUUCACGCCCUUCCGGGCGCUGGGCUACGUCUGCAACGCCGUGCCGGCGCAGCUGCAGGUCAAGAGCGGCGGCAAGGAUGCGCGUGCCGCCGACGUCAGCAUCCUCACGUCGCUCGGCACGUCGUGGGCGCUGUGGGACGCCGCACGCACCACGCUCCUCUUCGUCGGCGCAGCCACGCCCGUGCCCAUCGUCGACCUGGCGCUUGCCGAGGGCAAGACGCCGUUCCUCGCCGCCGCCGGCUCGGCCGUGUACGCCUACGAGCGCAGCCGCAUCGCGCAUGUCUUUGACGCUACCGACGACGCCGGCACGCUGCACCAGCUGGCGUCGAUCCUCGUCUUUGGCGACGCGCUCGUGGCCCUCUCCGCCGCCGGCUCGCACCUCUUCCACUGGUCCAUCUCGACGCAGAGCAUGCUCUCCUGUCUGCAGCUGCCGGCCGACUUCGCAGCAUCUGUCGCGCUCCACCCGGCGGCGUACGUCGACAAGGUGCUGCUCGGCUCGGCCGAGGGCGGGCUGGCACUCUACAACAUCCGCACCUCGUCGCUCCUCCACGCCUUCCCCGCGGCGUCGCUGCGCCUCGCUGCUGGCGCCAAGGGUGAUGCUGCGCUUGUGGACCUCUGCCAGAGCCCUGCGCUCGACAUUGUGGGCAUGGCGUGGGCCGAUGGUCACGUGCUCGUGCACGACAUCCGGCACGACGAGCCGCUGCUCGCGCUGUCGGUCGACGGCAGUCUGGCGCGCGGCUGCCUGGCCUUCCGCUCGGACGGCUCGGCGCACACGCUUGCCGUGGGCAGCACGGCCGGCGACAUCUCGCUCUUUGAUCUCGCUGCUGCGCCGCCAGCAGCGGCAGCGGGCCUUGCACGCCCGUGCCCGCUGACGCACACGCUGCGCGCCGCUCACGCCGGCGCCAUCUCGUCGCUGCGCUUCGUGCCGAGCAACCCGCUGCUCAUCUCCUCGGGCGCGGACAAUGCCGUGCGCCAGUGGUUCUUCGAGCCCAUCGCUGCGCCCAGCAUCGCCCCUGGCGCGUCAGUGCCCACGGCGAGCGUGCCGCGCCUGCUCAAGAGCCGAGAGGGUCAUGCGGCGCCGCCGACGCUGGCGCGCUACUACGGCGAUGAUGGUCGUGCCAUUCUCUCUAGCGGAGAGGACCGCAGCGUGCGGUUGCUCAGUGUCGUGCGGGAUAGCAGGAGUGCAGAGAUGAGCCAAGGCGCCAUUCUCUCGCGCGCUGCUCACCUCGCUGUGGCGCCGCACACGCUCAAGCUGCCCAGCGCCACGUCCUUGUCGUUCAGCACCACUCGCUCGCGCGACUGGGACGAUGUGCUCUCGACGCACGCCGGCGUGCGGGCUGCACACACCUGGUCAGCGCGAGACCGGCGCAUGGGCAGCAAGCCCUUCUCCACCGAGAAGGCAGAGGCCACGGCGUGCUGCGUCUCGGCAUGCGGCAACUUCGGCCUGGUGGGCGACGCGCAGGGCAUCGUGCGUGCCUUCAACAUGCAGAGCGGCAUGCUGCGGCGCACGUACGCCGCGACGUCGCCGCUUGGCAUGCAGAAGGGCAAGAAGCCGGCAGCCAAGCGUGGCUCGGGCUCGCCGGUGACGGGCGUCGUGAGCGACUCGCUGAACAGCCUCGUGGCGGUGUCGACGCUCGACGGCCAGCUCUCGGUGUACGACUUCCACACGGCCGAGCUGCUGGACGUUCUGAAGCUCGACAGCCCUAUCGCCUCGCUGGCACUCGACCGCACCACGACUCUGCUGGCCACCACACACGACGACUUGACGCUGCGCCUCAUCGACCUCUCGACACGGCGCAUUGUUCGUCAAUUUGCCGCGUUCCGCGCCCGCAUCCUCGACCUUACCUUCUCACCGGACGGCCGCUGGCUGAUCGUCAGCAGUCUCGACGGCGUCGUGCGGACGUACGAUGUGCCGUCCGCGCGACUCAUCGAUGCCUUCCGGCCACGACGCGUCGCGACCAGCGUCUCAUUCAGCCCCUCGAGCGACUUCCUGGCUACGACACAUGUCGGCGAGCUGGGCGUUUACCUCUGGGCGAACCGCGCGCAGUUCUCAGCUACGGCCGUGCGCGGCAUGGAGGAGGACGAGGUGUGGGAGGCAGAGGCCGAGGGCCCCGUUGCGCUGCCUGACAUGCGCGGCGAGGACGAGGACGGCGAAGACGACGGCCCGACCGAGCUGGGAGAGGACGAAGAGGGCGAUGCGAUCCGCCGCGUGUACACCAGCCCGCCGCAGAUGGAGGGCGCGCAGGAGGGUGCACUCGUGACGCUGACGACGAUGCCGCGCACGCGCUGGAUGACGCUGCUCAAUCUCGACACGAUCAAGCGGCGCAACAAGCCGACGGAGGCGCCCAAGAAGCCCGAGCGCGCGCCCUUCUUCCUGCCGCAGCUGGCGGGCACGGAGCUGGCCUUUGACGCGCAGAAGCCGGCCCAGGCUGGCGGCAAGGAGGAGAAGACAGGCCUGCCUUCUCGCCCGGCGUUCGGACAAGAAGGUCUUGACUUCGAGAGCGACUUUGUGCGCCGCCUGCGGAGCGCACAAGAGAGUGGAGAGUACGGGCCUUUCUUCCAGUACCUCCACACGCUGUCGCCACCAGCGCUCGAUGCUGAGCUGCGCUCGCUGUCGACUGCCGCCGAGCUGGAGCUCUUCAUCGGCGCCCUCACCGCGCGUCUCCGCCGGCAUCUCGAUUACGAGGCCGUGCAGGCGCUGCUGGCCGUCUUCGUGCGCGUGCAGGCCGACGUGCUCAUCGCGCUGGGCAUCAAGGUCACGGCGCCGCCGCAGGGCGAUGCCUCGAUGGAGCGGGACGGCGAGCUCGCCGACGAGGGCGAGACGCUGGCCGAGGCGCUGCGGCUCCUGCUCGUGGAGCAGCACCGCGAGGGCACGCGCGUCAUGGAGCUGCUCGAGUUCUGCAUGGGCAGCCUGGCCUUCGUGCGCGACCUGCCCCUGACAUAGCGCUUCGCAAUACAUGCAGUCACACGCACAGAACGAUGGAUGACGUAG